UCUAAACUCUCAGCUAACUGCUCAGAUGGGCCGUCCCUGAUAGCGACCCCUUUCCCCCGGCCCCAUCCCCCACCUGGCCCCGGAAAAGCGCGGCAAAGUCGUGGGCACGGAAGUUUGGAGGACACGUCGUGGGGCGAAGGGGCCCUGGGCCCCCCGGGAGGGGGCGGGACGAGGAGGUUGGAGUCCCGGCCGCUACCCCGGCCGCGGCGCGCGCAGCCCCACCUGUUGCUGCGGGCGGGGGGCGGCAGCGCGCUCCCAGCCGGCUGGAGCGGUCCGGGUUUCCGCCGGGUCAGCUGACCGCCCAGUGCGGAACUGCGCGCCACGGCCGCCGCCACUGCGCUCAGUGGGCUCCGGGCCACCAUGGCUGGGCUCAUGGUCAGUGGAACUCAAGUGUCCUACAUAGGCCAGGACUGCAGAGAGAUUCCAGAACACCUUGGCAGGGACUGUGGACAUUUUGCAAAGAGGCUUGAUCUGAGCUUCAACCUUCUGAGGGAGGAGUUCCUAACUGCACCGCAGCGUCGCAGGAGUCAGGCCCAGGACACAGACGCUCAGCUGGCAAGUGGCGGGACGCCUGUAAUGGCUCACUGAGGUGGGGGGAAAACACCGAGCUACUUGGACCAGAGAAUGAACAUUCCUUCUUCCCAGAGUCCGGAGUGCUUUUCUUGGAAGUAAGAAGUAAAACUUGGUUUUGGGGAUUGGUUCUGGAAGACGGAGUCUCAGAAAGCCUCAAAGGAACCACUGCUUCUGACCCCGAGGCCCCCAUAUUGAGGCCUGAAGCCUCCUCCUUUCCCUCUGAGCUCACUGUGGGCUUUGGGGUAAU